CUGCUGCUGCCAGGGUUAGACACCCCUUAUAACACUAUGCCCAGCUUAUAACUUCGCCGACGUUAUGGUUAACAAGACUGCUUGCUGCUUUGACCUGCUAUGUCACAUCCUCUGACCGCAGCACAUACCGGUAUUUUACUAGAGUCUGACGUUGCACUAACUCUUGUAGUGAUACGAAUUAGGACAAAUGAAUACCGGGGGCAGCCCAGUAUACGGUGAGCCCUCACCAGUUAUCCGGGCGCCCUUGAGCGCUACGGUUGUGGAGUCGCCCCAGAGUCUCCACCCCAUGCACACGAGCAAGCUACCGCGGCUGCAUUACUGUGCAUAUAGAGGCGACGUAGAGGGCAUUCUACAAUGCAUUAACGAGGGCUGCAGUCUUCAUGAGACUAUAUCACUUCGCAACCAGCACGGCCGCCUCGUUUGUGGGAUCACCGCACUCUUCCUGGCCGCCCAGCGCGGGCAUGGCGAGAUCGUGAAGCUCCUGGUCACCAACGGAGCCAGCCCCGUGCAGCCCUGCUUCAUACAGGGUAGCACCGAGCUCUGCACCCCCGCGGAGGUCGCCUCGCUGAACCUGCACUUCAAACUUGCUAGGUGGCUCAAAUCCGCAGCUCGCGCCCGGCGGCGGGAGGACGAGGUGCUGGCGCUGGAUGACGAGGAGCGCAUGUCGCAGGUCUCCUCCCGGCUGGCUCGCGGCCUGGUUCGCGCGCGCAGCACCCGCAGCCUCUCCAGCGUCCCCAUGCACGGCUCCACCUCGGGGGCGCUGGGGCGCUUCUCCCGGGGCUCCCGCACCGGCGGCAUGGGCGGCGGAGCAGCAGCAGCAGCCGCAGGGGGCUUCAAUGACGCCGCCAGCGUGCAGAGCAGCGGGCCGCAUGCGGUGCCGCCGCGGCUGGAGCAGCUGGGGUACGGCGGUGCGGAGGACCAGGAGAACGACCCGCAGCGGCUGGCUGCACUGAACUUUGUGCAGAACGUGGACCUGGCCGCUUUCGACCCGGACUGCCCGGCCUACGUGGCGGGUCCCGGCAAGGGGCAACGGGGCCCGGUGGCGCGACUGUUCCGCCGCCUCAUGUCCUGGGGCGGCUCCGGGUCCCACCCGCCGGCCGCCAGUGCUGCAGGCGUCAUGGGGGGGCUGCAUGGGGGCGGCGCGGUGCGCGCGUCUGCAUCGCAGAGGGUGCGGAAUGGAGGAGGAGGCGGUGGUGCUGGAGGCGGAGGCGGAGGUGGCAUGGGAGCGGGUGCCGGAGGUGGAGGUGGUGGCAGCGGCGUGGCGCGGAACCUGGCGAUGGAUUUGGAGGCCGUGGACCCCGCCCGGCCCGACCACACCAAGGUGCUGCAGCGCUUCCUGAAAGACCUGGACCUGGCGCACUGGCAGCCCGAGCAGGACGGCCCGCUGGAGAGCUCCGUGGCGGGGGGCAACGCCAACCCCGCCAGCAGCAGCACCCGACCCACCUCCCCCAGCCGCAGUCGAGCCAGCCCGCCAGCUAGCGCACGAGGCAACGUGAGCCCGGCGCGGUCCAGGGCGUGAGGGUGGUGAUGGCGGUGGUCAUUGCGGCCUAGGGAAGUCGAGGAGGGGAGGAGGGGAGUUGUUUAGCUGCACGGGCUGUACUUCUCCUGGAAGGGGGUGAAGGAGGGGAGCGGUCGACCUCUUGUUCAUGUCAGGAGGAACUAAAGAAGGCGGCGGGCGUGCUUUCCUGGAUAGGGCCUAGUCAGGGCGUGGCUGGGAGGAUGCAGGCAGGUGAGAUAGGGGGUUCGGGAAGAGCGGGUUGUUGGGAUGUUGCGUGGGCCGGCUGUACGGAUGCGAUGCGGUAUGGCCUGUUGGCAGUGGUUCCAUGGUGGGCAUGCAGUUGGCAUGGUACGCGUGCUUUGCGUGGUCUGAUCUACAUGCCUCUUGACCUCUGGGUGUAGAUUGAUAGCUUUUCUUGUUGCAGCUUGCAAAGGAGUGAAGCGUGCCGAUAAGGCUGAGCGUUUAAUGGUACGCAGUGUAUUGAUAUCAUGAUGGCCUGCGGCUCUUCUGGUUAUGCUGGUUUCUUCUGCUGGAAUAGAGGAAGUCAGCUGGUCAGGGUAAGAACGAGGGUGAUGUAGAAAGGAGGGAUAACAGGCAUGUUCUUGGCGAAGAUGGGAACACCGGUGACACUGAAUGGAGGACCCUAGGAGGGAUGCAAAUCACAACGCCCUCGCUUUGGGCUUUGGGUGCAGCUUGGUAGGCAGCCGCUUGCUGCUUGCUGCAGGGGAGCUGCUCCAUCACAGCCGGCCAAACAUGGAAUUGGUCGUUGUCAUGCAUGGUUGCAACAGAUGCGUUGUUUCAUGCUGUUGCGCUGUGCACCUUGAGUUGGUGUACAGCGCUGGACAACUCCGCCGUGUUUGUGCGUGUCUAUUGAGGUGCUUCUAGCCCAUCGGCUGAAUAGGUAAACUCCGCCGUGUCUGGCAGGGGCCAUGUACGGCUGGAGGAAGCGGCGGUAGUGCGGUGGUUAGGGGCGCGGCACGAUGCCUUGUUAGUUGUGUUUCUACUGGCGGCAGGCCCUUUUGCUUGGGAAGUCAAAGUGCAAGGGGUUCUUAUUCGCAGUGUGGAAGGACAACCAACCGCCUUUGCGCGGUCACCUUGCGGCAUCACCUUGUUAGUUCACUAUCAGGAUCAUUAUCCUACUGACAAGAAGCAGGGCCGUUGUGGCGACGUUUGCUGUUCUUAGCUUGGGACUUGGAGGCCCCGUGGUCUUUGACCUUUGUCAGAGGCCGGCUAAGGUGGGUUCUUUUAAGGUAUAGUUAGGUACAGCGUUGCUGUUGCUAUUUAAUUAGAAGUAGCUAGUGUUGAUUAGCAGACGGACCCGCGGGUCAUGUCUCAAGAGUGUAUGCAUUUGUUAGGUGUCCCAAUGUGCAGGGUGAAGUAUGACUUCAGCAUCAUUUGUGUAGUCCUAAAAUGGAUGGGGAAUGGGAUCACUAAGCGGUAGGUGUAUCCCAGUUGUUGUCAGGGCGAUGGGGCGUUGAGCUUGUUUCCCGUAUGCUGGUUUUGGUAAGUCCGUAACACUGCAACUGUUAAGACGUCUGUGACCUUAGGCAACGAUGUUUCUGAUUCUCGUAGGCGUCGUAUAGCAUAAGACACAUGUAGAUUUGGCAAUUAGCAAUUGUAGUUGGUAUUUGGCCUCAUUCCCCGUAUUUCCCACGUUGAUAGUCUUCUUUAAUGAUGUUAUGGAAAAAUCUCUCUGGAAUCUCCCAGUCCACUCGCUACUAGUUGUGUUGAUGCGGAAGGGUGUGCUAGUAAUCAUACAUGGAUUUAGCUUUUGCAGACUGCGCAAAUUUGCUUGUUUAUUGGCGCAUCGGCUAUUCUGUUCGAACUGCUGCUUUCAGGAGUCGUUACGAGGGGUUCAGGAGGGCGUUAAGCAGCACAGCCUGCCACCCAUGAUAUGGAACCCCAACUCGAUGACUCGCAUGUGCCAUGGUGCCCAAAGCCACAUGCACGUGUGUGGCUGGGAUAUGAUGUCAAUCCUACUUCCAACGCACACACACAAGCACUGACGUUUGGC